AUGCAACUUAACUAAAUCGUGUGCGAUAGUAGAAUUCGGUACAGCGGAUCAAUUAAACUCGGGUUUUUCAUCGUCUCUCACUGCUGCUCAUGAGAUCGGUCAGGUUUUAGAAAUGGAACUCGAUUCAGUACCGUGUGUAACAAACAAAUACAUAGACAAAUACCUUAUGUCACCUUUACGAAACCAUCAAGGCCAGACAACGUGGUCCAAGUGUAGCCGUGAUGUAGCUAAAAAUUUCUGGCACAAAAAAGAAUGCCUUCGAGAUAAUACGAGACCGAAACGUCUAGGUGACGCACUUGACCAUUCCCGUUAUCACGACUUACCCGGAAGAAUAUGGAUCGCCAAAGCACAGUGCGAAAUAUAUUUUCAUGACAAAGAUGCAAACGUAGUCUCGUUGCUUGAUAUAUGUAAAACCUUACAAUGUGAAACGCCUCACAAGAAUGGGCAUUACAUCACGGGACCGGCGUUGGAAGGAACUUAUUGCGCACCCGGGAAGGAAUGUCGUGGCGGAGAGUGCGUUCCCGUUAUCGAACUGCCAUAUAUUUUUAAGCAUUGUCAGAAGGAUAAGUGGAGUGAAUGGAAGGAAGACACUUGUCAAAGUAGUUGCUUGGAAAAAUCUAAAGGCAUAAAAGUCAAACGACGAUCUUGCAAACAUAGGAAUCGCAGAACGGCGAAUUGCAAAGGGCCAUAUUACGACGUGAUCCUGUGUAAUGAUACUUUACUCUGUACAAAGAAACGCAAGACGAUCGACUCAUUUAUCGCAAUAAAAUGCGAGCAAUUUAACAGAAAAUUAUUCAUCUCGUCAAUGUUGUUCAAAUUUACGCUUGAACCAGCAAUUGACUCGAAUCAAGGAUGGCAGGCCGUUCAUGAUUUCGAGAAACCGUGGAUAGCCUGUACUGUACACUGCCAACGAGAAAAUUCGACUACUUUCGUCGCACGUUUGGAACUGCUCAGCAUUAAUGAUAACUCAUACUUUCCAGAUGGAACGUGGUGUCACGAGAAAGAUGGCCAGAAUUAUUACUGCCAACGACAUUAUUGUCUGCCUGAAAGCUAUUCUUAAGAAUUAUUGAAGGAUUAUCAGCACGUGCAAACAAAGAUCGAGGAAAAAGAAAAUUAUAAAACGCGCGUAAAUCAGUUUAGAGAAGUUGGUCAAUUCGUUUGGUAUCGAAUUAUCGCUUGCACAAUCUGUCGUGUUGACAUUUGUUUUGCGUAUCCUCUUUAUCUUGCUUGAUGGAGACACAGUAUUACGUCAAAUUAUCAAUAUCAAAAACAAAAUUUGUCGAUUAGCAGUAGUAAAAACAUAAAAAUUAAUAAAAGUAGUUGGUAAUAAUGAAUAUGUUUGCAAAAAAGGAAAAUAUAUAGCUAAAUAAAGUAGAGGUACUUUAAUUCAGUACGACACAAUAUAUCCAGAGAAAAUCCACGAGUGCGAUAAUGUCACUCACUAUG